GUAAAGAAGCAGAAAUAAAGAGGAUAAACAAAGAACUGGCAAACAUUAGGUCAAAAUUUAAGGGUGACAAAGCUCUGGAUGGCUAUAGUAAAAAAAAGUACGUGUGCAAGUUGCUCUUUAUCUUUCUCCUUGGUCACGACAUUGACUUUGGACACAUGGAGGCUGUGAACCUGCUGAGUUCAAACAGAUACACGGAAAAGCAGAUUGGCUACCUGUUCAUCUCCGUGUUGGUGAAUUCUAACAGUGAGUUGAUCCGCUUAAUAAACAACGCCAUCAAAAACGACCUGGCCAGCCGCAACCCAACCUUCAUGGGCCUGGCCCUGCACUGCAUCGCCAGCGUGGGCAGCCGGGAGAUGGCUGAGGCGUUUGCUGGAGAGAUCCCCAAGACCCUCGUAGCGGGGGACACCAUGGACAGCGUGAAGCAGAGCGCGGCCUUGUGCCUGCUGCGCCUCUACCGGACAUCACCUGACCUUGUGCCAAUGGGGGACUGGACUUCGCGAGUGGUGCACCUCCUCAACGACCAGCAUUUGGGAGUGGUGACCGCAGCCACUAGCCUCAUCACCACACUGGCCCAGAAGAAUCCUGAGGAGUUCAAGACCUCCGUUUCCCUGGCUGUCUCCAGGUUGAGCAGAAUUGUGACAUCGGCAUCAACAGAUCUUCAGGAUUAUACUUACUACUUUGUCCCUGCUCCCUGGCUGUCAGUCAAACUUCUGAGGUUGUUGCAGUGUUACCCACCCCCAGAAGAUCCUGCAGUGCGAGGCCGCCUGACUGAGUGCUUGGAAACCAUCCUGAACAAGGCCCAGGAACCACCCAAGUCCAAAAAAGUCCAGCACUCGAAUGCGAAGAAUGCCGUGCUGUUUGAGGCCAUCAGCCUCAUCAUCCACCAUGACAGUGAGCCAAACCUGCUUGUCCGCGCCUGCAACCAGCUGGGCCAGUUUCUUCAGCACCGGGAGACCAACCUGCGCUACCUGGCCCUGGAGAGCAUGUGCACGCUGGCCAGCUCUGAGUUCUCCCACGAGGCUGUCAAGACCCACAUCGAGACUGUCAUCAACGCCCUCAAGACGGAGCGGGAUGUGAGUGUGCGGCAGCGAGCCGUGGACCUGCUCUAUGCCAUGUGUGACCGCAGCAACGCCCAGCAGAUUGUGGCGGAGAUGCUGAGCUACCUGGAGACGGCUGACUACUCCAUCCGAGAGGAGAUUGUGCUGAAAGUCGCCAUCUUGGCUGAGAAAUACGCCGUGGACUACACCUGGUAUGUGGACACCAUCCUGAACCUGAUUCGCAUUGCUGGAGACUACGUGAGCGAAGAGGUGUGGUAUCGCGUGAUUCAGAUUGUCAUCAAUCGUGACGAUGUGCAGGGCUAUGCCGCCAAGACAGUGUUUGAGGCUCUGCAGGCUCCAGCAUGCCACGAGAACCUGGUCAAAGUAGGCGGCUACAUCCUGGGCGAGUUUGGAAACUUGAUAGCUGGGGACCCACGCUCUAGUCCUCUGAUCCAGUUCAACCUGCUUCACUCCAAGUUCCACCUGUGCAGCGUCCCUACCCGGGCACUCCUGCUGUCUACCUACAUCAAGUUCGUGAACCUUUUUCCGGAAGUGAAGGCCACCAUCCAGGAUGUGCUGCGCAGUGACAGCCAGCUGAAGAAUGCAGAUGUGGAGCUGCAGCAGCGGGCCGUGGAGUACCUGCGGCUGAGCACUGUGGCCAGCACUGAUAUUCUGGCAACUGUCCUGGAGGAAAUGCCUCCCUUCCCGGAGCGUGAGUCCUCCAUCCUGGCCAAGCUCAAGAAGAAGAAGGGCCCAAGCACGGUGACUGACCUGGAAGAGACCAAGCGGGACCGGAGCAUCGAUGUGAACGGGGGCCCCGAGCCCGCCCCGGCCAGUACCAGUGCUGUGUCCACGCCUUCUCCGUCGGCAGACUUGCUGGGUCUGGGGGCCGCUCCCCCGGCUCCUGCCGUGCCCCCUGCCUCCGCUGGUGGUGGCGGGCUGCUGGUGGACGUGUUUUCAGACUCAGCUUCUGCGGUCGCACCACUUGCUCCAGGCUCAGAAGACAACUUUGCCAGGUUUGUUUGUAAAAAUAAUGGUGUGUUGUUUGAAAACCAGCUGCUUCAAAUUGGACUUAAGUCUGAAUUUCGGCAGAACUUAGGGCGGAUGUUCAUAUUUUAUGGUAACAAGACCUCCACGCAGUUCUUAAACUUCACUCCAACACUGAUCUGUGCAGACGACCUUCAGGCUAAUCUGAAGCUGCAGACCAAGCCUGUGGACCCCACUGUGGACGGGGGUGCGCAGGUGCAGCAGGCAGUCAACAUCGAGUGCCUGUCUGACUUCACGGAGGCGCCGGUCCUCAACCUCCAGUUCAGGUAUGGCGGCACAUUCCAGAAUGUCUCCGUUAAGCUGCCCAUCACACUCAACAAGUUUUUCCAGCCCACAGAAAUGGCUUCUCAGGAUUUCUUUCAGCGCUGGAAGCAGUUGAGCAAUCCACAACAAGAAGUGCAAAACAUUUUCAAAGCAAAGCAUCCCAUGGAUACAGAGAUCACUAAAGCGAAGAUUAUUGGAUUUGGUUCUGCACUCCUUGAGGAAGUUGACCCCAAUCCUGCAAAUUUUGUGGGUGCUGGCAUCAUACACACCAAAACUACCCAGAUUGGGUGCUUGUUGCGUCUGGAGCCGAAUCUGCAAGCCCAGAUGUACCGACUCACACUGCGCACAAGCAAAGACACCGUGUCUCAGAGAUUAUGUGAAUUGCUGUCGGAACAGUUCUGAUCCUCAAGGAUGGAAGAUCAGGCUCAUGUGUUUCACAAGGCGUCUGCAGCCCUGCACCACCAGACGGCUCUGUGGGUGUGGAUGGGACGCGGAACGCGGUUCCAGAAGGGCUGCAGCCGGCCUGCCCCGUCAGAGGAGGGGGCCUGGACCUGGGAAUCAAGACAGCCCUGGGGGUCGGCCUGACACAUUAAAAGGGAAAUUAGAAGUUUGAA